AUUUUUUUAAAAAGUUUUUUAAAUAAUAUUUUUAUAUUGAUCAGUGGGUCUAAGUCCUGUCCUGGUAUUUGGGGCUUCUGAUUGUUUCUCUGUGGGACUGACACUGAUGCGUGUGUGUGUGUGUGUGUGUGUGUGUGGGUGUGUAGCAGCCCCUGCAGGAUGGGACUGACCCCGACCCCUACGUGAAGCUCUAUCUCCUCCCCGACCCUCAGAAGAUGAGCAAGAGGAAAACGAAGGCGGCGCGACGCACGUGCAACCCAACCUACAAUGAGAUGCUGGUGUACGAGCGGAUCCCACGGGGGGACCUGGACCAGAGGGUGAUCCACCUCCGGGUCCUGGGAGACGGCGCCUUCUGGGAGAACACGCUGCUGGGAGAGACCUUCAUCCCCCUGAAGAGGCUGGUCCCGGGCCAGCACUGGGUGGGCUGGCACAAACUGGGCCCCCCUGGCUCAGACUUCACCCACUGAUGGACAGGAAACGGGAGGCAGCGGACUUAAAAGAACGAGAAGAAGAACGGCAGGCGUUCCUGCUGAGGAGGAACGGCGAAACAAAAAAAGGGAGAUCCUUUCAAAGUAAAAGCCUUGUGGCUGCUCUGUGGGUGUGAUGCCACGCUCGUUAGUUUAUAAGAGACUGAGUUUUACUUCAGUGAACGAGUUCCACUAACAAACGCACUAACGAGCUCGCCCUGACCUUUGACCUGAGAGCGACUGGAGGAGUGGACAGACCUACAGGAGCUCAGACGUGCUCGAGCUGUUUCUUCUUCUUCUCCUCGGACCGCAGCAGGAAGUUCAACUGUGAAAAAGGAAACGAGGAGGCGCGGUGAAGAAGACGAAGCAGGUUGAAGAGCGCGGGCAGCGCCGCUGAGAAGACUUUAGGUUAUUUUUUAUAGCGGGUUGAUUUAUUUUUAAAGUGCGACUGACUGCCGGCUGCUUCAUGUUUCAUUCCUGGUUUCUGAACCAUUUCCUGUUUUUAGCUCAGUGAUGGCGGGCGUUUUGUGAUCAGCUGAUUUGUUUUGUUUGCGCUGUAAAUGAAUGCGAGGUUUUCACAAUGACUGCUUCACACGUUUAAAGACGAGAGAAAAUUCUGAAACACUGAAAUUAAAUUUUUAUUGUUGGA